UCCUCCCUGAGCUUCCCUAAGUUUGCUUCUCCAUACUUUCCCCCAAAUUUGCCUCCCAAGCUUCUCCACAAAGGAUCCCUCUAUAGUCUAUACCAACCUAGAAACCCACUAAACCCCUACAUUAAACCCAUCUCUCUAUCUUCAUCCCAAAUGGAUCCCAUAGAGUUACAAAAACUUCAACCCAUUAGCAAGUACAAGAAAAAACACUACUUUCUAAACACUCUCAUCUUUUACUCUCUAACUGUUUUCACUGGUACCCUUUUCUGCUCAAGCCCUCUCUGGUUUCCCUCUUUAUUCUCUUCCACAAAGUCCUUCCUCUUCAUCUCCAUCCCCAAAAUGAGAUCUUUCCUCUUAAAUCCCACUUGCUUGUUCAUUGUCUGCAACAUCAUAAUCGUCUUCCUUGUUGGAGAAUCUAAGCUGGUGGGCUCCUCCUCCUCUUCCUCUGCUGCCGAUAUCUAUGAUGAGUAUGUGAAGAGAAGCCAAAACCUUCAGAGGUUCUCUUCCCAGGAAGAGAAAAAGGAAUCAAGGAAAUUGGAGAUGCGUUUUACUGAAGAGACUACACAGAGGGUUCAUGAAGAUGGAGGAGGAGAAAAAGCAGAAGAAAGAGAGGACAUUUUUGAUGGAGACGAUUUGAAAAGAAGGGUUGAGGAUUUCAUUGCUAGGGUGAACAGACAAAGAAAGCUCGAAGCUGAACAAUUGAUCUGAUUUUGUUUUACUGUACAUGAGGAUUUGAGAAGGAAAAUUUUAAAUUUUAAACCCCAGCACUUCCUGCCCCAAAAACGAAUGGAGAAUGAAGAAAAGAAUCAAAAAGUAAUUCAUAAAUAAAAAUGACUUGUAAAAAUAGAAACAAACUUUUUUAUUUUCUAUUUUUAUAAAUUAGUAUUCAUGAGUGGUGUAGAUUCCAUGAAUAUUGGAAAAACAAUUUUUGUAUUUUA